AGUAUGUCUCUUCUCUUCAGCUGAAACCCAUAAACACAGCUAUGAAGUACCACCUGUUCCUUCUCAGACUCUUAGUCACCAUUGGAAACACAGAAAGUCAACAUCUCAGCUCUGUGACUAAAGUGUGUGUACAGAGUGGAAAAAGCAUCACCAUUCCAUUCCUCUAUGACCAGAAGUACAAAGGUUACAAGAAAAUCUGCCAACGAGGAUUUGGAGCUGUAACCCAUCCAGACUGGGAGGCUAAAGUACAUAAUGGGAAUAAUAAAAGCUCUAAGACCAUGUCUAUGUCUGAUGAUGUCACCAACAGCAUUUUCACUCUGACUGUGAGGAUGGAUGUUGGAGUGCAGUAUACUAACGUGAAUGUUAAGAAAUAUAGUUGUGCUGUUGUAGGAGGUGGGCCAAAUAAUGAGAAAGUGUUCACAUUGUUAGACACAGACGAUAUUCCAGAACUCCGUGUUCAGAAUCAAACUGUAUUUGGAUAUGAAGGUGGGACUGUGGCUGUAGACUGCCUCCAUAAAAACCUCACUGGAGAGAAGAAGUGGUGCAGAAUUGAUGGAUCUUGUUUGAAAGGAGAAGUAGAUGGAAUGUCAGUGGAGACAGUAGAUGCAGCAGGAGUGUUCAGAGUGACUCUGAGGAACCUCCAGGAGAAGAACAACGGCUGGUACUGGUGCUCUGUGGGAACAUUCCAGAUGCCUUUUCACAUCACUGUCAGUAAGAGGACCAUUCUUCACACCACCAUCACUCCAACACUCCAGACAUCUCCAACAACAGAGAUGUCUAAUAACAGUUCAGCUGAAACUUCCAUUUCCCCAGAAAUCUGUGAAUGCACUUCCAUUCUGAAUCUCGAAAAAGAAAUCUGGAAACACAUUCUUGGCACCCUUUUGAAGUCUGCUGUGGCCCUGGUCUGUCUCACUCUCUCUAUCAUAACUGCAGUGAAGCUCCUGAAGCUCAGAGCUGCUCUAUCUAAAGAUGACAGAAAUGCUCCUAUUCCCAGUGCUGAGUAACAAACCCCAGUAUUGAGUUGGACUGGCCUGAAGCAGCACUGUGUGCACUCUGCCAUUAGUUGCUUAAUUCUUAAUUUUGCAGCUGAAGGUCAGGCAGUGGGUGAUGGGCUUCUGAGUCACUAAGAGUAGAGCAAAGGAAAGCAUUCAAGGCAGAAUUCCUUGAUCAGAAAUGAUACAUUGUUUAGACGCUGAUAAUAUGUUGUUUAUUCGCAGCUUAAAAGACUGCUAAUGGCCCGUCUUAAACUGCACCAUAUUUCAACAGAGCUAGAUGCUUUUACAUGGCUAGAUGACUGUAUACUACUGUAUUAUGAUCAAUUGCUGAUAAUGAAUUUCACAUUCUUAUUUUUUGUUGUUUAUUGUGAUGUGGUUGAUGUCAUACUGAAUAUGAUGCCUUUUAUAUUAUGCAGGUAAUUCAAUAUUCUGUUCUAUUUUACACCAAUAUUGUGAGGACAAAACAAGCUUUUAUUUUAAUAUUAUACAUUUAAAGGUAAAACUUUACUUGACUCAACAUUCAUACCAAACCUUUAAUGAAUGUGAAAGACAGAACAACGACAACUUGUCAAAAUAAAAGUCCAAUUUGUCAAAACAAAAGUCCAUUUUUGUUCCAGACCUCUUACCUGAUUACGUCACAUCUGAGUCAAUGGGGUAAAUAUUUCAUGAAUAUCUUAAGUCUACAUCAA